GAAUUUCAAAGGGGAUAAUGACGACUUUUUCAAGGGGUAAACGUGAAAGAGUAUUUUGAGAAGUCUUUUAGCUUUCAUCUUUAUUCCCCGGGUAGCCAAACCAAAACUCAUCCACCUUCGCUCUAAAUCUGUGGUUUGAUCGUGCACCAAAUCGGGAAAAAAUGGCGUACGUAGACCAUGCGUUUUCGAUAUCAGACGAGGACAUUAUGAUGGAGAGUUCGUACGCGGUGAAUAAUCGACCCCCCAUCAAAGAAAUCGCCUUGGCUGUUUCUCUUCUCGUUUUCGGAACUUUCGGGAUCAUUUGUGGAAGUUUGAUGUCUUACAACAGAGUUGGCGGUGACAGAGCUCAUGGGCUUUUCUUUGCAAUUCUUGGAUCGAUCUUGUUUAUUCCGGGAUUUUAUUACACGAGAAUUGCAUAUUAUGCUUACAAGGGAUACAAAGGAUUUUCUUUCGCCAACAUACCCUCUGUGUAGCCUCAUACCUCUGCUACUCUUGUACAGAUCUUCAUAUAAUCCAACUUGUACUAUUUCUUCUUCCUCCUCUAUAUGAAAAAUGGACUCUUUAUCCUGUUUAAUGUAGCAAUAUAGGGAUUAUUCGUUUUCUUUUUGUAGUCUUUUGUGGGUUUUCUGAUGAGUUACAACUUUUUUGGCGAUAUGGUGAUUUUUUGUUUUCUCUAUGCACCCUUUUAUGGGUUUCUGAUUGCGUUGUAAGAAAUGUUGUUGAUUUGAAUAAAAUAUUAUGUAUGUUAAUUGCUAAGUAAUGAACAAAGGAUUUCUCUA